AUGAUGGCAAUUAAGCUUUUUGUUGGUAUAUUUUUUGGGUUUUUGAUUUACACAGCGAACAUUGCUUAUUGUAGAAAGCUUGUUGGAAAGGAAAAGUUAUCCAUUGCAUAUGGUGAGGCUACAAGUGAGAUUGGUUGUUCCAUAGGAGACAUGACAUGUGGAGGAGGGCAUAAGUAUAACAGAAAAGAUUCGCUCAAGGAAAAUAUUGGAGGAAUGUUUGGGGGAGGUAAUCGAGUAAGCGAUGCUAGUGCUAAUAGAGAAAGUACUAUGAACAUACAAGGAGGGGAAUGUGUGACUAAUGAUGUUGGUUGUAAUGAUGUCAGCACACAAAACAUAAACACCAAAAAGAAAAGCUACAUUAACAAAAAUGGCUACCCAAACAUUGAAAACAACGAUGUCGUGAGUAAUAAUAGAAAUAACCUUAACGGAAAUGGUAGCAACAACAAUAUCGGAAACAGAAGUGGCAGCAACAAUGGUGUCAUCAACGGAAACAUUAACCAAAGCGGCAACGAAACUGUCAACGGUUCCGGUAGUGGAAAUAACAAUAGCGUUGGAAUUGGAGACGGAAGCGGAAAUGGUAACAAUGCUUUCAACUAUAGUGAAAGAUCUCCUCGAGCUCCUAAUUCAAGCUGA